CUGCACAGUUGCUCUUGCUGUAAUCUUGCACAGCUGUAAACCUCGCUAAGAUUGCAUGUGGUGGAGAGAAAGGAAAGGAAAGCUUUCUUGCUGUCUUGCUACUGACUUUACCCCAGUGAUGCUUAGCAAUAGGAAGACAUGAGCCACACGCCAAACUCAGCUUCCUGUUUAGUGUAGGAGGACCUGUGUGCUCUCUCUCACACCUGAAAAAGGCUCACUUGUCUGAGUUUGACUCACAAGGCACCACGGGGGAAACUUAGCGCAAACUUUUCUGAACAGUGGCAAACUACAUUCUGUGCAAGACUUGAGGACUAUCCAAAGGAUUAAGAUCACAGCCAAGAACAGCCAAGACAAUGCACCCAAACAUCCACCCAGCGAGGCAAACCUAAGAGCUCCAGGCUGCGAUGGGUGGUGGGUCUAGCAAAGACUCCAGCACACACGUCACACUUGUGAACCAGGACGAGGCCACGGAGGCAGUUGCACUGGAAAGUGGCAGGUACAUGUCUGUUGCUCUGUAUGACUAUCCAUCCGGAGGGCCAGCCGAAUGCUGUGUUCGAGUGGGAGACAGACUCACCGUACUCUCAGAUGAGGGUGAGUGGUGGAAAGUGAAGUCAUCGGUUACAGGAAAAGAGAGCUACAUUCCCUGCAAUUACACUGCCAAGGUUUACAACAGAUGGCAGUUUACAGGCUUAAGUAGGGAGAAAGCAGAGGAACUUCUUCAGCUGCCAUACAACGAGGCGGGCUCCUUCCUUAUCAGGGACAGUCAGUCUGAGCAUGGCGCCCACUCCCUGUCCGUGCGCAGGAGCACCGGCUCUGACUUCCGGGCAGUCAAACACUACCGCAUCCACCGGCUGGAGAACGGCUGGCACUACAUCUCCCCCCGCCUCACCUUCCCCAACCUCAGUGACCUGGUCGAGCACUACUCAGAGGUCAGUGAUGGCUUGUGUACCAUUCUGAGAGAGCCCUGCUUCAUCCAGGGCUCCAACAACGUUCCGGUGGUAACGGGCCCCCCGCCCCAGGUCGUCAGGAAGCCAACCCUGAAUUGGAAAGAUGUAAACAGCUCCAUGAUCUUCGGCACAGGCAAAGAAGAUCUGGAGGAGUCUCCUGUCAGUGAAGGCCUGAGGGAGGCCAUUAACUCCUACCUCUACAUGACUGAGGAGCUGGGGGAGUGUGAUCAGAAUUGGGACACUUGACAGACAUGGAAGACGUCACAGAGGAACCAAGAUGGGCAACUGACGUGGAUAGUACUGGAGAGCUCAGAGUGGCAUCUCUCUAUUGAUUCCACCCAAGACUCUUUAUUCAUGAAAUAUUAAAUGGCCCAAGAGGAUAACAGUAUCGAUAUCCACAAUGCACAAUCUUGUUAAAGUGUUUUUAACAUGGUCCUUUGAAUGCUGAGGCUAGUAAACUUCUUAAGUUGUUUGGUCUCUGAAACAGGUCCACAUCAGGAACCACGAGUUCUCCACUGUUAGAACAAUGAAAGACAAAUGAGAACUCUCAUUCGGGUCAUUUAAUAAGGUCCAGUGGCUCUGUUCUACAGUCAGUGUCUGGUUUGCCUGAAAUACAGCUGGCAAAAAUGACUGCAAACUGCAAUUGCAGUAAGAGAUAUCAGCAGGAGGUCACUGUUACAUGAGGCUACUGGGCACUUCCUCUCCCUGCAAGUAGCCGCUGCUUAGAGUGAAGAAUGAGAGGGUUUGUGCAGUAGAGAGAGGAGGUCGCUGGGCAAGAGAAUCGCUGGGCAACUCAUAGUUUGCCUCUGAUGAGUCAGACUGAACGUAUGCCUGGUAAUGAUGAGACACACGAAAUAGUGCUGCAGAGCACAUUUGUAGUGUAGCAAAUAUUUGAGUAAGUUCUGGGAACAGAUGUGUGUCUAAUUUGAUCAUAUAUUUAGAUAAUUUAUGUGAACCUACAACUGAAUCGUUGACUCAGACAGGUAGCAAUCAUCAAACUAUCUUGGAAGGCUUUGUCUUCACACAUUUCACAUGUUCAUGUUUUCUCUGAAAAAGAAACCACAGUGUACCAGGAAAUGGUGUGUAUAGUGUGUGUGUGUGUGUGUGUUAAAGACAAAGAGAUCUACCUGAUAUUGUUGUAUAUUUCUUGUAUCAAACUAAUAAACAAAGAAAACACAAUAUUA